AAUGACAAAUUGAGAGCAGGUAACGUAACAUUUCGGCUGUUGUCUAGACUUCUUGCAGCUUACGUUAAAUAGGGCAUGCUAGAAAGAGAUUCUUGUUUUGAUAGCGUUGAAGGCGGUAUAAGAAAAAAAAAAGAAACUUCACUGUCUGUCACGCGCUUCCCCUGGGCAGUAUUAAGUUGAGCCCAGCAGGACUAGGGGGUAUACAGUAACAGCUCGAGUAACCUAAUCCCUCCAUUCAGUCCGGUCAGCGGCUGUUCUUAGCAGAAUAUCAAGAGAGUGAAGCGUUAGACAAAGGCCGAGGACCAUGAUGGUAGAUCCACUCAUUAUUUCAAGACUUGAUUGCUUUGGGCUUAUAUUAUGGAUCUACUAUUAUUUAAGACGGACCAGGAUGCACCUAUUAUUUUAAUACCUGAUUGUAGUCACCUAAGAUUGUGGAUAUACUCGUUAUUACAUGGCUUGAUUGCUAUUGGAUGAAGCUGAAAGCUCCAUCUACAAGACAGAAUUUGUGAAGAGAGAGAAAAAAGAGAGGGAGAGAGAGAAAGAGAAGAAUGCAGACUGAAGCUCCCCUCUCACCUGCAUCCUACUUAUAAACAAGGGGCAUUACAAGGUAUUGUCUUACAAAAGCGACAUUCAAGUGUCUGUGACGAUGUUUGCAAGUGGCAGUGUAUAUUGAAUAUUAAUAGUGUGAGUCGACACUUCAACUGUUCAAUACUCUGUGAAUCUACGCUUCAAUAAACACAUUUGGAAAGCGAACAAAAAAAAAUCUGGGAUUAUUAUACACGUCAAGUCUUAUUGGAUAAUACUUAAUACCCUAUGGAUAACCACAGUGAUUGACGUUAGGGGAAAUAAACUGCAUUUAUCUCCCCUUAAACAAGGACAUACACGCGAAAGAAGGCGAUGGCCUGCACACAGUUGAGCCUCGUUUCACAAGUAUGCCCACACGCUCUAAGGAAGUGCCCGUGACGUAUUUGACUCUACUGGUGUACUACGUCACAGGCUGCAAACUAGAUGCAUAGAGCACGUCAUUUCUUUGUGACGUAAACCAAGCGGAUGCGCCGCCAUGUGACCUCGGCCAGCCAAUGGCACGUUAGCCCCGGCCUGACAUGGAAAAGCACAUACAGCAGACUAACGACAGGCUGCAGUGCAUAAAGCAGCAUUUAAAUAACCCGAGUGGAUUCCAAAGUGCAGCAAGAGAACUCCUGGAGUGGUGUUCAGAUCAAAGGGCCUUUCAGCUACAGUUUGAGGACAGUCUUAUGGGCUGUUUGACAGUUGUAUACAAGGUUGCUUCCCAACCUGGCUAUGACUUUGACCUUGGCUACAGACUACUUGCCGUCUGCACGUCUCAUAAAGAUCUCUUCUCUCCAAAGUCUGCAAGUCAACUAAGUGAAUGGUGCGAGGAGCUCGGCCAGUCCUUACUGCUGAGGCAUCCCAAGAACCGACCCCCUGACGCCAACAAAGGACCGCCCCAGCCAGGCCUCAACAAUAUGCACCCACAGAUGCACAAGGCAAUGCAACCUAUGCACCCUGGAGAUCCCAAUGCAGGAUGGGGAGGAUCAAACCAAGGCCAAACACAGCUGAAUGUGGUCACUACCAUCUUCCCAGUGCAUACCACCCAGAGUGGCCCGUUCACCCACACCACCCCAGGCUUUGCUAAUACUACAAUGACAGGUGCUAGUGGUCAUGUCCAGCAAGCUCAGGGAUAUCCCCCCAUGAAUAAAGCAGGCUACAAUCCCCAAGCCAUGGCUCCCUACAAUGGCUAUCCUCCAACACCCAAUACACCAGGUUCAAACCAGUCCCAAAUGACUGGUUCAGCACCUACAGAUUAUACAGCACCUCCAGGGGCUUUGUCAGCAGCAGCAUAUGUAGCAGCUGCUGCAACAGCCACAGCAACAGCUACUGCCACAGCAGUGGCCAUUCAGGAACAAAACCAGCAACAGAUGAAUAUCAAUAUGCACAUGAAUAUGAAUAAUCAGUAUGGUCCUGGCAUGCAGUUUCAAUGGGAAUCUAAUCUUCAGAUGCCUCCAAGUCAGCAUCAGUAUGGUGCACAAUAUCCACCAGGUAUGGCUGGCCAGCGGCAUCCAGGGCCAAUGCAGAUGGGCGGUGGCCCUUGCCCUGGCCCAAUGAAGCCCACAAUGGGUCCUAUGUAUCACAGAAGAACAGCUCCUUACCACAAUCCCUACAUACAGAAAAGACAAAUGUAUCAAAAUGGUGGACAGAUGGAGCAGUUUGUUACUGGAGGUCCAGGUCCUCAUGGGCCCUACAUGGCCCCUCACCAAUAUCCAGGAAAGCCUGGUUAUCCUCCUAGCCAGCAGCCCUUACCCUCACCUACAUAUGGCAUGCCCCAAACCAUGGGGGGAAUGCGACCUACUGGCCCAUCACCGUAUCCUAAUGGUCAGCAUCCCUAUAUGACACCUGGCCAGUAUGGACAUCCUCAAAGGCCAAGUGGACCAGCACCAAACUACACCCAGUACUCUGGGCAAACUCCCAACAGUUUCCCUCACUCCCCAAUACCAGGCAACCCAACACCUCCAAUCACACCAGGUUCUGUGUCAGGCUACCCUGGUGAUAUGAAACCCAGUUACCCUCCAGAUGUCAAACCUAUGGUUAAACAAAGAGAACUUUUUCCUUUUUCUGACAUCAUGAUAGGUCCGGAUGAACUGAGGCUAACAUUCCCUGUACGAGAUGGAGUUGUCUUACCUCCCUUUCGAUUAGAACACAAUCUUGCAGUAAGCAAUCAUGUGUUCCAGCUUAGAGACACAGUCUACAACACCUUGAUGUUUAGGUCAGACUUGGAACUGCAACUGAAAUGCUUCCAUCAUGAAGACAGGCAAAUGAGCACUAACUGGCCAGCAUCCGUGACUGUCAGCGUAAAUGCCACUCCUCUGAACAUAGAGCGAGGAGAUAGUAAAACAACACAUAAACCUCUGUACCUCAAAGAUGUGUGUCAAGCAGGUCGUAACACAAUACAGAUCACUGUCACAGCUUGUUGUUGUUCACACUUGUUUGUCCUUCAACUAGUCCAUCGGCCGAGCAUUCGGUCAGUUUUGCAGGGCUUGUUACGUAAACGUUUGUUACCUGCUGAACAUUGUAUCACUAAAAUCAAAAGGAAUUUCUCCAAUGUUCCACCAAAUAAUGCAAUCAAUGGAGAAGAUGGUGUUGAGCAAACAGCUAUCAAAGUCCCGUUAAAAUGUCCUAUUACAUGUCGGAGAAUAACAUUACCUGCACGAGGGCAUGAUUGUAAACACAUCCAGUGUUUUGACCUGGAAUCUUACUUACAAUUAAAUUGUGACAAGGGCUCGUGGAAGUGUCCAGUAUGCAAUAAAUCUGCACUGUUAGAAGGUUUGGAAAUUGAUCAAUAUAUUUGGGGUAUUUUGACCAAUAUGACCAAUCUCCAGUUUGAGGAAGUAACUAUCAACCAGACUGCCAGUUGGAAGCCUGUGCCCAUCAAAUCUAUAGUCAAGGAAGAAGACAGUGGCAAUCCAGAUUCUUGUCAGAACAACUGGAUGAAGGCAAUGUCACCGUCCAGUAUGCAGCUGCCGACAAUGACAUCUUGGGAUGCUGGACCCCAGGCCUCUCCUUAUAACCUGCCACCUCCAACAACACCUGGUGACCCCAUGGGUCAAAGUUUGCGGCACACUGACCCUUCUAGACCUCCCAGCAACAAUCACAUGACUCCCCGCCCUUCAUCACAACCUCACCCACAAAAUGGCAGCCUGAGCAAUCUCUCCCACCCAUCUCCCAGCAGCAGCAACAACAACAACAACACACCCACCAGCAAUACACCAACCAACAGCAACGGAAUGUCCAACAGCCUGAACACAUCAUUAGACUGUCAUUCAUUAAGUGACUUGAAUUUUGACCCUACAGCCAUCAUCAAUGGAGAUACAAGUGCUGCUCAGGGUCUGGAGUUGCUGGCAGACAAUCUGAGUGACAUGGAACUUCUGACGGCAUAUCUGGGACCAUCUGACUCAACGGGAGACAAUGGUCAGAAUUCUUCCAGUACAGGGGAUGACUUGUUGGCGUUGUUUGAAAACUAGCCACUGGUCAUUGGUAUUAUUUUUCAACUGACUGAAUGUUUUUGGCCAACACUGCCACACAGACACAAGCACAGGUCAAUAAACCUUUCAACAGGUUGUGUGCAGACCAGUGUUGGACUAAGUUCUGUGACCAAGGAACUGGACAAUCCAAAUGUUUUUAAAAAAUCCAAAAGGAGUAAAUAAUAUCUGGCAAUGAUAUUAAAUCUACAAACAAUUCCUUCUUGUUCCUUGUAAGCAGAGAGAAUGAAACCCAAUCAACUAGUUGUGUCAAGUUGUAAUUCAUCAAGUACCUGACACAUGGAUUACAACUCAACUGGAACCAAGCAACUAUUUCUCAUUUUGUGAUCUGGCAGUUCUUUAAACCAAAAAAAACAAACAGCUAACAAUUUUUUAACUACAGACCUCAAUGGGCUUGGCUUUAAAAGAAAAAACUUAGCAACUUGAAUAUAUAAUGCUAGUGUGUCUGCUAGCAAGCAAGUUGUGAUCUUCUCAAGCAAAACAAAAUGUCUUUGGACUGAAAGGCCUAACUUUGUCUCCAUUGUUUUCAAUACUUUUAAUCAAACAUGUCUUUUCUAAUAGCUCGUCAUCCUGUUACAAAAUGCCCCUGAUCUUGAAAUUCUGCCCUUUAAGGAACAGCAUAUGAUUGGGCAGGCUGGGGUCUGAUGGUCAUCUUCCUAUCAUAUCAACACACAAGUCUCCUGCUGGUUCAAGUGUACUUGCUGACAUGCCAUUCACUGACUUAAUCAAAAACAAGCAAAGCAUUUAGUUUGGGCCCUAGAGAUGCUUUCACUCAUUCUGUGCAUGGAGUUUCACAAUUUUUCUGAAGGCAGUCACCAACUUGUCUGCUUUCAUGGCUUGGUGGUACUGGGAUAGACCAACCUUGUCUACAAAGGAAACAAAUCAGUGUCACUUAGUGCUAACAAUGGAUAUACACUGUUUUGUUUUUGUUCUGUCUAGAGCUAGUUGGAUUAAUGUGUUUGGAAUUUCAGUAAAGUAGUUUAAGAAUUCACCAUUGUCUCAUCAACUGAUUAUUCAAGUCAAGGUCGAACAAGCAAUGGGAAACCUUCAGAUGUCUAAAAGACACAUUUGAUGGUGGAAUAACUUGAUUCAUUUAGCUUGUAUUCUAAUAAACAACAAAGACAUGUCAAUUACAAUGUAAUAAAUAAAUGUAGUUUUGAUAACAUAUGAGCUCUACAACUGAAUGAUUAUGUCAUUGACAUGAAGCAAUUGGGUUAUUAGAUACCAUAGGUCUAGACUGUGUCAGAAUUUGUCAAAUGAUGUCUAAUCCACCUUGCAAAUUUGUGUAUCUUGAACACAGUCAUCAUAAUCAAUUUUGAACAGAUACAAGUCAGUUUAUUCUUUUAAAAUGAAACUUUGUAUACCUGUAAUAGAAUGUCCUUAAUCAAAUGAAAGGUUUACAUCUCAUGACUAAUGUUGACCUAUUGAGUCAUUGAUAGAAAUGUCUAAGAACAGAAACUGUUUGGUUUAACUAUUUGAAUGUCAUGAAAACUCAGGGAAUAGAGACUAAACUAGAACGUCUAAAAGUGUUUUUUUGUGUGUGUCAAUGUCUUUAAAUUGUCUUAUGAAAACACUUCUAUGGGUCUUGAAACUUGAUCUAAACAUAUUCUAACAUUUAAAAAACAACUUGAAGUUAGCUAAAGAAAUAUCUUGAAAGACUGGCCUUUAAAAAUAUGACUUAUGGUAUCAAGGUGAGUUUCCCUGAAAGUUAUACACUACAAUAUGGUAUUCUGAGAUUUAGUAGAAACACACUGGAUAUAGAAAGGACACACACAAGAUUUGGAACAGACUGAUGCACUUGUCAACAUUUAUAAAGCACUUUUAAUAAACAUUUAAGCAAUUUAAAACAGGGUGCAAGUUAUGUACAUGCAUAUAAAAUAAUUUAUAAGUUUAAAGAGACAUUGAAUAAAUUAAUUUUGAGAUUGAUUGUUUUUAGUUUAUCUCAGUGGGAAGUAUAAGUUCAAAUGUUUGUUCUAGUUUUUAGUGAAAAGUGCUGACUAGCUUUAGAGAUUAAUUAUCCCAGGAAGUGCUGGCAUCAUUGUGGAAUGUUAAUGUUAGUUUCAGAAACUUAUUAAAAUUUGUUUUAGACAGAUUUUAUAAUACAUUAAUUAACAGUUGUAUUUAGAAACUUUGUCACACUAUUUCUAUCAGAAACUAUGUAACUUGGACAAUUUCUAUUAGAAACAGACUUAGGAUCUUUCAUUAUUAGGCUCAAACAGAGGCAUUUAAUCUUAUACUAUGACAUCACUAUGAGACAGUAGAACCAUUCUCUGCAAAGAACUGAGACUCUGGACCAUUCAAUGCAAGAAACAUUUCAAAAAGUCUCUUUUAUAUUGACAUUUUGUUUUACUGGUUAAAAAAAAUAGCCAUUAAAGCUUUGUGAACUGCAUAACAGUUGAUGGGAUCGGUGGAUCCCAAGGCAGCAAAUGACCCUAUCACUGUCAUUCUGUACAUCAUUCAGUUACCCUCAAUGUCAUGAUAAUUCCUCCAUUCAGUUACCCCAAUGUCAUGAUAAUUCCUCCAUUCAGUGACAAAAAAAAAUUACAAAAAACAUCACAUUACAAGACAUCUCAUGACAUGCCCUCACGAUUUCAUUUUUUUUUUUGUCUGUAUGUUUAAAUAAUUUAAAAUUGGCUCUCAGUAGGCCAAUCAGGCAACCCUACUGUUUGACCCCAUUGCUAUUCUAUUGUAUUUGUUGUCUAAUGUUGUUUGAUAAUGACUUGAAUGAUUCUAAAUACUUAUACAUAUAUAAAUAUCUAUCUAUACAUAUAAACAAAAACUUAUCUGUGAAUGAAUGUCAGUGUACAGGAUAUUAUUGAAUGUUUUACUUUUUCUUCUAUUUGUUGUCAAACUAGCAAAUUAAAUAGCAAUAUCUGUUGUUUUGUUUCUUGCAUUGUUUGAUUCAGAUACUGACUUUUGUUUGUUCUCAUUGGCUAACUCUGGACUCUAUCCGUCAAAUUUUUAUGAAGAUGUUGUUUAUUAUCAUUCAUCAGAAUAAUUCAGAAUUAAAUCUUCAAUAUUUUUAUACAUGCAAAUAUAUUUUGAUAAAUUAUAAAUAAAUAAAUUAUUAACUAUUCAUUUGGUUAUAGAAUCAAAAGUUAAAAUUUCAUCCAGUAAUUAGAGUUCUUGGACACAAAGCCUUUUGUCUCAAUUUUUAAGCAAAAUUUAAUAUGCAGUUUUUCUUUUUUUUUUUUUUGUUGUUGACGAUGGGAAGUGUAUUAUUCUCUGACUUCACAAAGAGAUAUGGAUUGUAUUUACAAGACAAAAUAAAAUGUAUAUUUUUUCAGAUCAAAUUGUUUUAGAAAUCAAGUUUUAUUAGUUCUUGAAAUUGUCAUGUCUUUUUUUUUUUUUUUAUUUUUAAUUGUCACAAUUUUGUAAAGAUGCUAUAAACUAUACUGAGUCUUUGUCCAUAAUGUUUAUCUAAGUAGGUCAUGUUGAACACACUUUUAAGUGGGUCAUGUGACUUUUUUUUCAUGUACCUCUUGAAGGAUGGUAAUUCUAAUCCAUUAUCUAUUCUAUGUAAUACUAUUGUCUUUCCUGAUGAUUUGUUUUAUUUUUUUUUUAUUUUUGCCUAAUAGUUUCUAACCUGAUUCUCUGAAUGAGAUUUGUAUUCCUUUGAUUUGAAAAAAAGAUUUUAGAAAAUGUUUUAAUGAGCCAUGUUAACAAGUCAAUUUUAUUCAAAUAGUAUACACAUAUUUUAUGCAAUAACUUACAUAACUAACUGAUUAAAUUCAAAUUUUUACUUUUUAAAAUUCAAAUAUUUUAGAAACAUUUUUAAUUUCAUUUAUUAAUUUUUAUAUUACAAAAAGAUAGUUUAUUUUAUUUCCAGUCCAAUUUCCUGUAAAAAAAAAUAAGUUUUUUAAAAAUAGUUUCUGUGUUACAGUUGCACCAAACAACUUUGUGUUGCUCUUGACAUUACUGUUGGGGACAAACAAACAACUUGAAUUACAAAAACCUAACACGGAGACCAAAGUUUCUGAAAUGUCAACACAAAGUUCCUAGUAGUUCAAUGAAUGAACUGGUUGUGAGUGAAUUUAAUGUAUCAAAUAAAUCAACCACUUUUGUCUCUAAGCCAACUUAUUUGUGUAAAGUACUCAAACUUGUGUUUUGUACUCUACACAGUAGCUUGGUUUUGUCUUAAGUACGCUACAUUAUAAACUGGUUUGUGUAUAUAUUACUCUACUCAAUAGACAGGUUUGACUUAUGAACAUAAAAUCGUCACACUUCCUUAUUGCUUCUUAGUGUGUGUGUGUGUGUGUUAAUUUGUCAACACUGGUUUUGUUUAUUUAUUGUAUAGAACUGAUCAGGUGAACGAUUCAAGUGUCUCUCAUUGUAGUGGUCUUUUAUUUUGUCAUCUUAAAAUUGGGUGCAACUGUUUAGUGUGACAUCUUAGUUGGGCAACUUUUAUGACAUUUUAGUUGUGCAACCUCUAUGUAACAUAUGGGUUGUUCAACUUUUUAUGUGAUAUUUGAGUUAAACUUGUAUGUCACAUUUGAGUUGUUCAACUUUAUGUCACAUUUGAGUUGCUUAACUUGAUUGUCACAUUUGAUUUGUUCAAUUUUUAUGUCACAUUUUGAGUUGCUCAACAUUUUAUGAGACAUUUGAGUUGUUCAACUUGUAUGUCACAUUUUGAGUUGUUCAACUUUUGUACAGACUUCAUGAAACAAUGUUUGUUUGUGACAUUUUGUUUGCAGUAUUGGAGGUAGGUUAAACAACCUGCACACUUGUAAUAUGAAUGUAUUUCUUUAAUUUAUUUUGAACAUUAGCCCCCAUUCAUUGCUCCCCCAGCUGUAGAGUGAUUUCCCCUUAACAAAAAAGCUUUAUUUGUGUUUAUUUGCUAGUGAGAGUGGUUAUGUGUAUAUGUAAAAGUAUGAUCUCCAGCCAAAGAAACAAUUCACUUCCUUGUAUUGUCUUAUGUUGCAACUGCUUCUUCCAUCCAGUUCGUUUGUUUUGUUGUAGCUACCAUAGAGCAAUGUUUCAUUGAUAGAGGACUCUUAUCACCCCUAACCUAGGUCACUAGUGCUCCAUUGGUGUCAAAAACUAUUUGUAAAAAGUCCCACUUCUAACUUUGAAAGAGUUCAAACCCAAACUCUAAUUUUAGGCCAAAAUCCAUGACAGUUUGGAAACGGAUUUUCAUGGAAAGUAAAAUGUUCAUACUUAACAAAUGUCUCAACAUAGUGGGGUGUAAGGGACACAACUAGUUUAGAAACAAAACAAUGUACAAUUGCAAGAAAUCCAAAACAUGUGUUGACCAUCCUGUGAGAUGUGUGUGUGUGUAUGUGCAUGUUAAGAGAACAUUUUGCUGUUUGAUAAAAGAGUUUUAAUUUAUUCUGUCUAUUGCUCGACAUCUAAAGGUGUCCAUUGAACAUUUCAAGGAAAUGAGUAGAAAUGUCAUUUUGUUCCAAGGCUACUACAAACGUCUGCACACAUUGAGUUGUCUGAAGUCAACUUGCAUUAGCGAUUUCGUAGCUCAAUAUACCUUUGUUUUAGGAUACAUUCAAUUGUAUUCAAACUCUACAUUGUAAAUAUUUUAAAUUUUAGGACCUUUUUUUAAAAUUGAGUUUUAUUUAUUCAACUUCAACAGACACCUAAUUCUAGUGUGUUGGCUCAUUUCUUUGACAUCUUUGUUUAGGUCCAGGGUCAGAUGAGGCUGUUGGACAUGUCAGAUCUAAUAUGUUGUAUGUCAGAUGCAUUAUGUUGUAUUACAAACUCAUAUUGCUUUUUGUUUCUGUGUCUGUGUUGGGUUUGUCUCUGUUAAUGCCAGCAGUGUAUUCUACUGUUAGCACUGGGUACAGGGGGGGCCAGUCCCAGUUCUAUGUGAUCAUCUUAAGACAAUAAAUAUAGACUAAUAUUCAAA